UAGGAAACAGUGGCCGCACAACUGCAUUACAAACUAGGGGAGGCGACGAACAAGGAAAAAAACGAGUUUUUCGUCUAGCGGAGCACGUAUUUUGUCUUCUUGCAGUCCAAACAGAUCGGAGGAAAACCAGUGAAAAAGACAGUUCAGAAGGUGGACAGUGCGCUGUCUGGUAGCUCGUGGUAACUCCACAAUGCCUUUCCCCUUUGGCAAGUCCCACAAGUCACCGGCGGACAUCGUCAAGAACCUGAAGGACAGCAUGACGGUCCUGGAGAAACAUGACAUCUCGGAUAAAAAAGCAGAAAAGGCCACGGAGGAGGUGUCAAAAAGUCUAGUGGCCAUGAAGGAGAUCUUGUAUGGCACCAAUGAGAAGGAGCCCCAGACAGAGGCAGUGGCACAGCUGGCCCAAGAGCUCUACAACAGUGGGCUGCUUAGUACUCUGAUAGCUGACUUGCAGCUCAUUGACUUUGAGGGUAAAAAGGAUGUGGCUCAGAUCUUCAACAAUAUCCUCAGGCGUCAGAUUGGUACUCGAACGCCCACAGUGGAGUACCUCUGCACCCAACAGAAUAUCCUCUUCAUGCUUCUAAAGGGGUAUGAGUCUCCAGAAAUUGCCCUAAACUGUGGUAUUAUGCUGAGGGAGUGCAUCAGACAUGAUCCACUAGCCAAGAUCACACUGUGGUCGGAGCAGUUCUACGACUUCUUCAGAUACGUGGAAAUGUCCACGUUUGACAUUGCCUCAGAUGCAUUCGCCACUUUUAAAGACUUACUCACAAGACACAAGUUACAGAGUGCAGAGUUUCUGGAGCAGCAUUACGACAGGUUUUUCAGUGAAUAUGAGAAGUUACUCCACUCAGAGAACUACGUGACCAAAAGACAGUCUCUCAAGCUAUUGGGGGAGCUACUUCUCGACCGGCACAAUUUCACCAUCAUGACAAAAUAUAUCAGCAAGCCAGAGAAUCUCAAACUAAUGAUGAACCUUCUACGGGACAAGAGUCGCAACAUCCAGUUCGAGGCUUUCCAUGUUUUCAAGGUGUUUGUGGCUAACCCCAACAAGACGCAGCCCAUCCUGGACAUUCUGUUGAAGAACCAGACCAAACUCAUAGAGUUCCUCAGCAAGUUCCAAAACGACAGGACAGAAGAUGAACAGUUCAACGACGAAAAGACGUACCUGGUCAAGCAGAUCAGGGACCUGAAGAGGCCUGCCCCCCAGGAGGCCUGAGGGAGGAUGGGAAAGGGCUGGGAGGGGGGAGGAGCCACCAGGACCACAUCUUGACUACAUCCAAAUAAUGUCUGCUUAAUGGAUCCAUCAGCAGCUGCUGUUAUGGCUUCUGAAUUAAAAUUGAAUCAACAAACGCACCCAUAUCAACUCAUCAGGAAGUCGGCAGCUCCUCUGCUCCUCAGUGGACAUUUUGAAAAGAAAAUGUUUUUUCAUUUGAAAGAAAUAAGAGAAAAUAGACGCUGCUGCUUUCUUGCACAUUGAGACAUGUAAGGUAUACCAUUAUGAAACAACAGUCAAACAUUGAAUUUCAAACAUAAAAGUACAGAGAACUGAUAGAAACACCGUUGCACGCACACACAUGCACACGCGCAUGCGCACGCACGCACGCACACACACGCACACACACACACACAAAGGACAAACGUACACAUACACGAACAUAGAAAAACGUGCAUAUAGAUAUACAGUCCUUCAAGAAUAUCAACUAAAACCUUGUGAUGGGAAAGGUACUAGCAAUUCGAAUGUUGGUGUGUUGCAUGCCUUGAAGUGUGACAGUUCUACAGCUGUUAAUGGCUCUGGCUUGGAGACAGCCUGCCUAUGCCUGGCUGUCACAUUCAGUGCCACAGACUUGGAAACGCACAUGCAUCGCAGAAACGGCUACAAUUUUAAUCUAUGCCUUCAUCCAAUAAAGUGACAGUGAUUAAUAUAUAUAUAUAUAUAUAUAUAUAUAUAUAUAUACACACGUUUUUUGUUUUUUUUGGGUGGCAAGCUGUCAGGCAACAUGGCAAAGAAUCAUUUACCUCCGGUGUGUUUUGUGAUGACACAGCACUUAAAACACCAAGAGAGGAGGAUGGGAGGCUAGGUAUGAAUUUGGUACAGCCUGAGAGUUAGUUCUCACUAAUUGUUUUCUGGGACAGGGUGAAUAUGUACAUAUGCCUUUUUUUUUCUCUUUCUUUUUUUUUUUUUUGCUUUGUAGAGUUUGUUUAACCUUUACAUAUCUAUAUAUAAUUACCUUAAACAUCAGGUUUUUGGUUAAUUGUAAUCAAAUUACUUUUUAAAUCAUAAAUGAAACAUCCAAAAUCUACUUUUUUUUUGCAUUUCAUUUUAUUUGCUAAAAUGAUUUGCUGGUGGAUUUCUUUGUAAAUAACUAAGGGCCAGCUCAUGUUUAGCUAACCUUUAGUACAUUAAUAAUUUUGUACAGCAGAGGAAUGUCAUGAUGUUGGCUCUGGAUCUGUCAAUCCUCUUUACGCUCUAUCUGCAUUUGAGUAUUUCUCACAGACUGCUAAAAAAACUUGCAAAUGGUCGAUGGAAGGAAAGAGUGAGCUGUGCUGAAGGCGGUGGUGGGUGUGUGUCAGGAGGGCCCUAACAAUAACUAACAUUAAGCUUAUGUGUUAGGGCACACUCUGGGGUGCCUUGCAACCCACAUCACUUACCUGGAGUUGACUGUGGGAAUUCUGUGUCCUGUAUACUUCACCAUCUCAAGUUUUAUCCUGAUUCUCAUCACUGUGCUUGUGGCCUGGGAGAGUUGUGUGGCCCCAUAGUGAAGUAUGUGUCAUGGGUAAACAUGUUGCGAUGUUGGAGCUUUGGCACGUCAUUCUGUCUUUUGCUCCUUUUCCUUCCACUGUGAGCCUCGCUCUCCAGAGGUUCAUAAUUCCAGUACAAUUAAGAGGGUAAAGCAUUGUGGGUAGCAGAGUACUUUGAGCAUGUUGGAUUGGCUACAUGAGAUUGAUCAAAAUUGACUUUUUCCAAUAGAACCUGAACAAAAAUAGAAAGUACAGUGAAAGAAAGGUACAUGUAACGAUGAGAAAAGUGGCCCACAUUUGUUGUGUAGGAAAUGUUCUCCCAUCCAAUAAGCCAAACUAUGAGCUAUCUCAAACAAACAGUACUAUUCAAAUAGCCUAUUACUCCUCGAUGCACAUUGAACUUGCAUGUUCAUCCAUUGGCUGUGCAUGAUGCUGUACUAAAGCUGUUGUACUGGAAUUUUUUUUUCCGAAUAUUUAACAACAUGAAGAUGUUAAAUUGAUCUAGCUAAAUGCUUUGUGCUGACUUUGACUUCAUUUCCAGCAGAGAGUGUGGGUGUUUUCAGAAGUGUCAAAAGGCAUGGGCCCUAAAAAUGAAACAACUGAAAAAAAUAAAGAAAAAAAACAAAACAUUUGGA